AUGUGGAUCUAUACCCCAAUUUGGGUUUUAUACUGCUGCGCAAUUGUGGUGUGCCGGGAGAAACAAGUUACCUCCCGGAACAAUGUUUUACUGAAAGAAAAUUUGGCUGAAGAUAGCAAUUAUUCUGGAAGAAACAGAGCCAAGAGGACGCCAUCCAGGGGAAGCUAUUGCCGACUGCGAGGCUGCUGUCCCGGCAGAGAUGAUGACUGCACCAUUCAAUACCACGAGAGGAAUGCCAUAUGCUACUGCGACGAUUUCUGCAUGUCAGACCCUCCUGGCUCUGCAGACUGCUGCCCGGAUUUCUGGACUGCUUGCCACAGGCUUCCUCUUAGGCAACUGGUCCCUCCGCACAUGAGAACACCUCCGCCAAAGCAAGUGGGUUGCUUCAAAAAUGGUCAGUGGUAUGGAGAAGGAACAACAAUGAAGGACAACUGCAACUCUUGCAAAUGUGUAAAGAGCCAGUGGGAAUGCUCUGAUGAAACCUGCCUCAUCCGUCCCAGUUUAAUUCAGCAGAUCAAUGAUGGGAACUAUGGAUGGAAAGCUAGUAACUACAGCAAGUUUUGGGGAAUGCGCUUGAAGGAAGGCUUCGAGUAUCGUCUUGGCACAUUUCCCCCAUCUGCUGCUCUGCUGGACAUGAGGCCACUCACGGCAAGCACAAGAACAGAAACAGACUUCCCUGAAUUUUUUGUCUCUUGGUAUGAAUGGCCUGGCUGGAUUCAUGAUCCUCUGGACCAGAGAAACUGUGCGGCUUCGUGGGCAUUUUCUACUGCAAGUGUUGCUGCAGACAGAAUAGCAAUUCAUUCCAAAGGCCUUUUCACAGACAAUCUUUCACCACAGCAUUUGAUCUCUUGCGACACAAAGAACCAGCAUGGAUGCAAAGGCGGAAGCAUAAAUGGUGCUUGGUCGUACCUGAAAAAGUACGGGCUGGUGUCUCAUACUUGCUAUCCAUUCUUCUGGAAUCAGUCUCACCAAGCCCCUUGUGCCAUCUCAAGUGUAUUUGAUGCUGAUGGGAAGCGGCGUGCCACGCGGCCAUGUCCAAAUGACUUCGAGCCGACCAGCCGCAUUUACCAGUGUCAUUCUCCUUACAGAAUCUCUUCACAGGAGACUGAAAUAAUGAAAGAAAUUAAAGAGAACGGGCCAGUGCAAGCUGUCAUGCAAGUAUACGAUGAUUUCUUUCUUUACAAGAGUGGGAUUUAUAAGCACAGAAGGAGCACAGCUGCACUUCCACGGCAGGAUGAUCUAAGCAGAACCCACUCAGUCAAAAUUAUUGGGUGGGGUGCACUCCAAGAUGCAGAUGGACAAAGGCAAAAAUUUUGGAUUGCUGCAAACUCCUGGGGAAAUUCGUGGGGAGAAAACGGCUAUUUCAGGAUUUUACGUGGGCAAAAUGAAUGCGAUAUUGAACAACUGGUAGUAGCUGCCAACUGUCACCUUUAGAAGACUUUUUUUUGCCAGUCUUUUAUUCUAAAUUAAA